CUGACACAAUAGUGGUUAGAUCUGUAUACAACUGCUUCACCCAACUUGUUUAAUUUGCUUGAACAUAACGUAAAUAAAAUCAUAAUGUUCUCAAUAAAUUACCGUGUCUACGCACAGGAAUGUCCAGCAUCGUCUAGCUCUGGCAGUCACAUACUAGUAAUUCAUUAAUACUGGCAAACACCAGACUAUAGAGAUUUAUUUUAGAAUUUUAAAAUUGGACUCUUUCCAAUUUUUAUAGUUAAGUAUUCCUUCCUCAUCAACAGUCCAGUAAUCAUUUGAAGUCAGUUAACAUCAUUGGUGUUAAAGUGUUAGCAAAAACUACACAAUGCCUGAGCUAACAGUGACUUCAGAAAUUUAUGGAGAAUAUGAUUAUAGAACAAAAAUAACUCCUAGCACUGAAGGAAAUGUGAUAUCAGAAUUCCCUUUUCUCCUGCCUAAAGAAAGAAGUAAACCUACAUUUGACGAUGAUGAUGAUUUAGAUAUGGAAAGACCAGGGAAAGAAGUUAUCAAAAUUGAACACAGUUCCAAAACAAAAAUAGCGUUAGUAGGCCUGCAAGUGUGGAGGGGCGCAUUCCUUCUUGGUGACUUGUUGAUCCACUUGGGCCUCAAUGGUAGACUGGCAGGCAAGACUGUGCUGGAACUAGGAGCAGGCACUGGACUGACCAGUUUGGUUGCUUCAUUGUACGCGAAAAAAGUUAUAUGCACAGACAUCGAUGUCGGAGGUAUACUGGAGCUUAUAAAGCUGAAUGCUAAAUACAAUGCGAAGUUAAUCAAGUCCGAUUUCAAAGUAUUGCCUCUGGACUUCAUGGCGAGCUGGACUCCAGAGUUGACCAACGAGAUUAAACAAACCGACAUAAUCAUAGCUGCAGAUGUAAUAUACGACGACGACGUCACCGCUGCAUUCGUAUCGACGAUACAGAAGGUUCUCAACACGACCCCACCGAAAACGCUAUACGUCGUUCUAGAAAAGAGAUACGUCUUCACGAUAGAACACAUGGACUCGGUGGCGCCCUGCUACGAAACAUUCCUCACUCUCCUAGACAAAAUAAAGACAGACAAUCCGCAUUCCGAAUGGACUGUACAACAGCUACCCAUCGAUUUCCCCAAAUACUUCACGUACGACCGCGUGAAAGAACUAGUUCUAUGGAAAAUAACAUCCAAACCCAUAUAAGACAAUCCUGUGAUAUUAAUAAUAAUAAAUUAU